AUGGUGAGAAGAAUGGUGCUGGCGGCGGUGCUGGUGGUGGCCACCGCCGCCGCCGGCGGGCCGUUCUGGAGCGUGCCGACGGGGAGGCGCGACGGCACCGUGUCCAUCAAGCAGGAGGCGCUGGACCAGAUCCCCGCGCCCACCAUGAACUUCACCACACUCCUCCAGUCCUUCCGCAACAAGAGCCUCGACCUCGCCGACCUCGUCUGGCUCUCAGGUACGAACUAUGCACCCAUAAAAGACGAAGUUCGUUCUGUGGGUUAA